AUUACACCGGAAUUAACCGAUACGCGAUUAGAGAGAAAAUAAUAAACUACAAAAAAAGAAAAAAAAAAGGCACUUGCUUAAUCCAUCGUAUUGUACAAUUUCUCUACAAAUAGAUCUAUCUUUCUUUUCGUACCGAUGCGAAUGCAAAGCACGAGGGGAUGGUGGAGCGUCCUCGGCAGUUUUGCCUUGAUUUUUCUCGCCAAUAUACGAUUAGCUUUCAGCGAGAAGGAUUCGGAGGGAAAAGUUCAUACGGAGGAAGCACGGCAACAUCUUUGCUGUGCGAGGCACGAGAAAAUGAUUGACGUCGGUUAUGGAAUAUCUGGAGAAGUUAUACAAAUCGAUAUUGGACAUUGUCGAAAACUCUGUCCCCGAUACGUUUCCGACGAUCCCGGCGAUGCUAGCAAACCGGCUGUUCAGAGAUGUUCGCAAGAGGGUCAUUGCCGGCCAAGGGCUGCUAGACUGGAAAGAGUAUCCACGUUGCAGGGAGUCCGUAUUAUUGAGGCUGUUGAUGCUUGCGAGUGUUCUUCAGAUUCUUCUUGUAAAAGAGAAUCAUAUACACAUCUUAUACAUUCUGGUACACCGUAUCAAGUCGUUAUUGAUGUUGGCGUUUGCAUAGGACACUGUGGCAAAGAUCUUGGUUGCAAACCUGUAAGAAAUAACACGGUCAGCGUUAAAGGACCAAAUGGAGACGAAGUAUACCCGGUUAUUGAGAGAUGCAGCUGUGUCGGUAAUUGUCAUCGAAUGGAUCACAUGGAAACGGUGUUGGACUUCAGUGAAGUUGAAAUUAAAGAGGGUACCAAUACUACCGAUGUCAAGCCCGUAGUAAGACAAAUCAAUGUUGGCCAAUGUGUUGGAGCUUGUCCUGGAAACGAAACAGAAACUUGCCUUUUACGAGACAAACGUGAGCCUUCGAGAUGUCUAGCUGGUCUUUAUUCCAAACAACAUACUUGCACACCAGCGAGAUUUAAAGUUCACGAGUACAGAACUCGACGAGGAUCAAAACGCGAAGUGAUACAAAUUAUUCAAUGCAUUUGCGUUUAGAAAGGAUCAUCAUUGAACAUACAAAUUUUAUUAUCGAAAAAAAAAAAGAUGAGACGAAGAUGAGACAGAAAAUAUCCUUUUAUGUUGCGUUUUGCGAAUGACGUUAAGAUAUACUUUUUUUCAGAUCUGUCGUGUAAUUAUGUGACUAAUGAAUUUCUAAUAUCUUUCUAAAGAAAAAAGAAAAAAAAUCAUAUGUCUAUCCGAUCAUCAUCUUUGUGUGUAAUAUAACGAUGUAUAAGUUAAUCGGCAAAUAAUAACGAAAUAUCUUGAAAUAAA